AUGGAGAUCGGGACCGGCCUGCACACGAUCCUCCUGAAGCGACCGUGUCAGGAGAGCCCGGCGUCCUGGGGGGCUCGUUUGUCCGGAGAGCGAAGGGUGAAGCAUCUGAUGGAGCAUAUCCCCAUUGCGUCGGACGGCGCUGAUGGUAGUGAUGAAGGCCAGACAGCAUGUGGCACAAAUGCAGCCCUUCCUGGCAGACCAGAGUCUUCUCAUAAAAAUGAAGAUCUGUCUGAUGAUGAACUGGAUGAAUAUGAUUUGGAACAUUACGAUGAAGAGGAAUGCACAGGUGACCUAAAACUUGGAGACUCCUUGGCUACACUGGCAGUAUAUGGGAGUAAUGAGCAUGAUCCUUACAUCACUCUAAAAACCACUGAUCAGUAUGAACAGGAGGACUUUUUAAUUAAGCCCAGUGACAAUCUUGUCCUUUGUGGCAGAGCUGAUAAAGACUACUGUAGUUUGGAGGUCCAUGUUUACAAUCAUGAAGAGGAAUCAUUUUAUGUACAUCAUGAUAUUAUCUUGCCUGCUUACCCUCUAAGUCUAGAGUGGUUGAAUUUUGAUCCUAGUCCUGAUGAAUCACUAGGAAAUUAUGUUGCAGUGGGGAACAUGACCCCAGUUAUUGACAUUUGGGACCUUGAUAUAGUAGAAUCCUUGGAACCAGUGUUUUCUCUUGGAGGCAAGACAGAGAAAAAGAAGAAAAAGAAAGGAAAGAAAAGUUUAUCUUCAGAAGGGACAGCGAAAGGACAUACUGAUGCUGUGCUUGAUCUUUCAUGGAAUAAACAAAGCAGGAAUGUUUUAGCAAGUGCCUCUGCUGACAAUACUGUGAUUUUGUGGGAUAUGUCUGUGGGCAAGCCAGCAGCCAGCUUGAUGCUACAUACAGACAAGGUCCAGACACUGCAAUUUCAUCCGUUUGAAACUCAGACCCUUAUUUCUGGAUCUUAUGAUAAAUCAGCUGUGCUGUAUGACUGCAGAAACCCACAAGAGAACCAUCGAGUGUGGCGGUUUAGUGGUCAGGUUGAAAGAGUGAUUUGGAACCAUUUUUCACCUUGUAAUUUUUUAGCAAGCACCGAGGAUGGCUUUGUGUACUGUCUGGAUGCUCGUUCUGAUAAGCCCUUGUUUACUCUGAAAGCUCAUGAUGAAGAGGUGUCAGGGCUACAACUAAGCAGCCAGAUCAAAGGGUGCCUUGUGACAUCAUCUGCUGACAAAUAUGUGAAAAUUUGGGAUAUCCUGGGAGACAGACCAAGUUUAAUCCAUUCCAGGGAUAUGAAAAUGGGUGUUCUCUUCUGUGCAGCUUGCUGCCCCGACUUCCCCUUUGUUUUUGCCUUUGGAGGAGAGCGAGAAGGGCUGCGUGUCUGGGAUAUAAGCAAGAUUUCUGCAGUGAAUGAAGUUUUUGGAAACAGAGAGAGACAUGUUAUGGCUGCUGCGAGCUCUGUGGCGUCCAGCUCCACAGCAGGCAGUAGCAGCAACGAUUUGGAGACAGCAAUGGAAUCAUGAUGGACCAAACAUGAAUAAAAUCAAAGUAAUUAACGUAAUUAAUGUGUGUUCUACCAACCCCUGUUUGGUGAGAGUUCAUAGAAAUCGCUUGAACAUCUUGCACUCUGCAGCCUCUUCAUCUCGGACAAAGCAACGUGGUGAUGUGGUUAAGCACCAAGUCAGAAGUUCUACGUUCUGCCUCUGUUGCUGGCUUGGAAACAUGAAAUCGCUUGCUUUUGCCUG